UUAACACAGGGAAGUAAGCAUUUGUAGUUUCAGCACGUGACAUUUCAAAAACAGAAUGAACAGCACAAAACCACACUACGCUGGAAAUGAUAAUGAGCAGAUGGAGAGUGGGGUCAUAGAGCAGAAAUCAAAAGUCAGUCACAUAUCUGUGGUGCAUAGAGUUAAUGAUGUUAUACUGCUUCCGGAAUGUAGUCCCACUCUUCCAGAAAGCCUUGGCAAAGUUGGUGGAGAGGAUCAUGUUGCUGGACACGUCCAGCCAGACUGUGGCAGAUUGUCUGUCAUACCAUGCUGUCUGAAAUGAUUUCUUAGACGACAAAUGAGUGGGUGUUAUGGACAUUCAAGUGCUUGGCUACGGUCUUAAAGGACAUGAAAGCAUCCAGUGUUCCAACAGCUGUUCUUGUCUUCUUCUUGUCAUCCGUGGCAUCCUGUCAUUUGUAUAAAGCUGCAUUUUGAGGUGAACUUUUUGUGCACAACUAGCUAAAUCAAACCAUUUUGUAACCAAAACAUAAAAAUGAGAUCCUUAACAUUUUCUCUGAAUCAGAAAUUAACACCAUUUGCAUCCUGAAUUUAUAGUUUUUGUUUAGUGUAAUUAGUUCAUUUCAACAUGUCCUUUUUACAGUUUCAGACAUCAGUAUUUGAUGAUCCUUGAUGAUGGAUUCCAGUAGUUGCUGUAAUCAGAAACGACACUGGAAGUGCACAUGAAUUGAAGCACUUUCAUCUGUCUGCUCGCUUCAUCCAGUGUAACGGACAGCCCGGUGUUAAAAUGAGUCCGUCGUUAAAGACCAGAAGAAAGCUGCUCUCUAAUUGAUUUCAGUGUAAAAGGUUUAGUACGUAAAGUGAAAGAGUAUUAAUUUGCAGUAUUUUAAAUUAUAUCUGCAGAGAUUUUGAGAAAUCGUUGUUUUUUCUUUACCGCACCGCCCAACGUGUUUACAUUUCGGCACACUCCAGAAAACAUGAGCAGACGCACCCCGCCGUGCCGCGUCACGGACAUGACGUAAACGCGCUGCAAUUCAAACUUCAGGAAACGAAAGUGUCGUUUAAAAAACGGUCACCUCACAAACAGACUGUUUUCAGGGGAUUUCUUCAGCCUGUUUCGUCUUACUGCUCUGUUUCUCAGCACCAGCAAAGCAGCCAUGACAUCUAAAGGAGCCAAAGAGACCAUCGUCACUAAGUUGGGUUUCAAAUCCAGCAGCUCUGCCUCAAAGACUGAGGCAGAGCUGGAGAAAGUCAGGAAGGAGAACGCCCACCUGAGAAAGAAGAUUGAUGAACUGGCCAAACGACACGUCAAACCACCUGAAUCAGACAAAAGCAAGCUGCUGGAGAGGAUUCUGUCCCUUGAGACGCUGCGAGAGAGGAACAAUCAGCAGCUGCUGGUUAAAGAGCAGGAGCUCGAAACUCUGAGGCAGCAGCUGUCAGCUAGAGGAGGAGAGGUGGUGGCAUCGCUGCAAGCCCAGCUGGAGCAGCGCAGGAGAGAGGCAGAGCAGAGGGACGUGUUGUUCCGGAACUUGUCACAGGAGACGGAGAAUUUGAAAAACCAGCUGGCCACUGUUUCUGCCCGAUGUCAGUCCAGCGAAACCCAGAAUGGACAGGUAUCUCCUGCAGACUUGGCAUUGGUACAAGAUCAGCUGAAAGAUGCUCUGGAGAAGAAUCAGCAGUGGCUGGUAUAUGACCAGCAGAGAGAAACGUAUGUGCAGUCUGUCCUCGCCCGUACAAUGGAGCUGGAGCAGCAGCUGGCUCAGGCAAAGCAGGAGCAACCCAAACAGGAGGCCAGUUCAGAGGAUGCUGCCAACUCAGAAGGUCCAGAAAAGGAAUCUCAGCUGAAAAGCCACUAUGACCAGCUGAUAUCAGGGUUGCAGAAAGACCUGGAGAACCAAAAAGAUCAAGUUUCCAGAACCCAACAGGAGCUCAGUGUGCAGAGGGAGCAGACUAUGAAAGCUCAGGUUGCACUGCAGUCUCAGAGGGAGCAGGUCACCAGGGUCCAGGAGGAGAUGUCAGCGCUGCAGAGGAAGUACGAGGGCAAGUGCAGCGAAUUGUCAUCCUUUCUGAUGAAGUACGAUGUGAAAAGCAAAGAGCUGGAGGAAGCCAAGAUGCAGCUGCAGGCAGAACGACUGAGCAACAGACAUGCAGUGAAUGAGGAGAGGCACGUAUCAUCUGAGCGGGCAGACAGAAUGAGAGCGGAACUGGAGAAUAUGGAAAUUCGACUGGAAGAGGAACGGAAGAGGUCCGCUGAGCUUCUACUGCAGGUAAAUAUGCUGCAGAAGUCUCUUCUGAGCCAAAAUGAAGAACAGAGGAGAAUUGCAGCACUGGAACAACAGAUCCAACUCUCUGCCAAGGACUUUGAGAAUGAAAAAAUCGAUCGUCAGAGCAUGCAGCACCAGUUACAUAAGGUGCUGAAGGAGCUUCGCAAGGCUCGUGAUCAGAUUUCUAAACUGGAGUCUGCUAAGCAGCCAAAUGCACGCUUUUCAGAGCCAAGCUCAUACAACAGGCUUGACUUUGAGCGUCUUACUAUUGAUGACUCUGUUGGCCCCACAUCCCCUUCCAAAAUCACCAACCUGCUGGAUGAGAGUUUCUUGGAGUGCCCAAAGUGUCGCACCCCAUAUCCCACCAGUCGCCACAGAGAGCUGCUGGCUCACAUUGACUACUGCCUCGCCUAAGCUAGCACAGAUUCUAGACCAGUGUUUCCCAAUCUGGGUGUCAGAAGCUGCCUUCACCCAAGAGGGCAGCAAUAAUGCAUAGAUCACAAACCAAUGGGAUUGGGAACCACUGUGCUAGAUCGUUAGAUCCAUUCAGAAGAUGUAAACCCCUCAAAUGUAUUGUGAACAGCUAUCUGGGGAAAAAUUUGAAAACCUCAAACAGGCAGUUUUAGACACUGAUUUCCAUAAACGCAGCACUGUUGUGAGCAACAAAGGUGAGUAAGAGAGUUUUCAACUCACCCAGAAGGCUACUUGCAUACCUUUGUAUUAUUUUGUUUUGAUUUCCAUGAACUGAAUAUCCUGCAGUGUUUCUCAUGUACGAUGAUAAAUUUGAAAUAUGCCUUGUGGUGUCAUAAUAAUCAGCUGAAGAAAACUUACACAUUCAGUAAUGCAAAUAAUGAGACAUGUUGUUUUCCAAGAAGGAUUGUGUAUAUAGUUUCCAUAAAUCAUAAAAAAAAUCUCAUUAUUACUGCCUUAGGCUCCAAGGGAUGUCUUCCACAAGACCCAAAUAAUACUUCACUUCAUAAAAUGUUAUGUUUAUAUAAAAGGGACUCCAAUGACAAUUUAAAAAUGCGUAUUUCAUAUCUUCAUCACCUUAGAGUUAUUUAAAAAACUGGCUAAAAGUGUUUACACAUUCAUGCCAUCUAUAUACUCCAGUUCUUUUUGCCAUUAGACUGUCAUGAGGCCAAAGAUGAAAUCAUUUACAGAAACAAGAUCCUCUCAUAUGAUUAUUUCUGAGGUCUUCCAGUAUUUAUAUUUUACAGUGUUUGUGAAGCUCUUACUGAAUUCUGAUUGUUUUUAUUUUCGUGUGUAUUUCAUUUAAGUAUUUAUUCCUGGGUGAUCUACUGUCUUUUUUUUUUUCAUUGUAGGGAUUUUCCUUAUUUUAAUGUCUAUGAAAGUUUACAAACCUGCCAAAAAUCUUCCAUUGGUAAAUCAGCUGUAAACACACCAUUUAUCUACUCCUAGUUUCAGUAACGGCACAUUUGGCUUUUUUCUUCAUCAUAUUUGCAUUGAUCUUAGAAAAUCAGUAGUGCUCGUUUGCCAUUUGGCAGUACUGAUGUGAAGAACAAAAUAACAGGGAAAAUGUUUUGCUUUUUUUGUGUUUUCAGCUAUGUGUAAAGAUAAUUAUGAUUUGCCUGCCAUGUAUUCUCUAUUAUACCCUUGGUGGUUGUGCCUGAUUACUAUGUCUUGAAGUGUUUCUCUGCCUAUCAUGAUGCAAACAGUUGGAUAAACCUUGCUGAACCAUGUGACUAUAACCAUGACCAAGAUAUUUUUUUUCCCCUUAACCACAUAGUUUUGUUCGCCUAAACUUAACCAGACCUGAAAGAUACUACAGUGCAGAGCUUAACUGGUCACAUUUGGCAGCUUUUCCAUGUAUUCUUUCUGUUCAAGUGAAGCUCAUUUCCAUUUCCACCUUGACUUUUCAAGCCUGCAGACCUGUAAGGCUGCAAUGAGAUUGCAUGAGUUAAUUCCUUGUACUAAACUAUUUAAGGCAGGGAUUACUAAAGGUCCUCGUGAUAGGGGAAAAGGGGUUAAGGUGUCUUUAUUCCUGCAGCCCUGGCAAUGUGACUAGAUUGACUUACAGUAAGACAGACAGCCUACUGCUGUUCAUCUUAUCAGUCGUUGUUUUAACUUGGGCUAAGUAUCUUUUUGAACAGUGCUAUCUGAUAAUCAUAGUGCUUUACCAACAUUUGUCUAGUUUGCUAUUUUUUAAAGUUAAUUACUUCAUUGUAGUCAUGUGCUCUGAAGUUGUUCUGCCAUGCUCUGUACUGUACACAAAUGUGCAAUAAAGAUGUAAAUCUCCCUCCAACACAA